CCGGUGUCCUUCACGAGAGGUGUACCACAAGGCACGGUUCUUGGGCCACUCAUGUUUAUUAUUGUCAUGAAUUCUCUCAGCAUCCACUUCACUGAAGUCCUGCUCUUACGGCAAGGCUUCUUCGCGGAUGACCUCACCCUGAUUGCCCGACACAGCGACCGACAGAUCCUGACAACCACCCUACAACAGGGACUAAACGUGGUGGCAUCUAAGACAAAGCAAUACUUCAUGGAGGUUAACGCGUCCAAGACGAAGUAUGCUUCCUUCGGGGCCACAAGUACGAACCCUCUGGCCCUCCUCUACAACGGCACACCGGUCACCAUGGAACGG